AUGGAAGAGUUGAAAUUUCACAAGGAAAUUGAGAAUAAAUUAGACAAAUUGGUCGGAAUGUACAAGGAUGACCCGCUGCUAGAUGGAGAUUUCAAGGAGAGGAUCAUCAACAUUAAAACAUCGACGGUUCCACUCGACGGUUUUCCAAAUACUCCAUCCACUGCUAGCAAAAAUACUACCAACCACGUUCUCAAUGAUUUGGGAUUCAGUAAUAACCAAACAAAUCUUCAUGUUUUUACGGACCUGGGUGAUAAUUCUAAUAGAGGGUCGUAUUCAGUAUGGCAAAAAAAUCCGAACCCUGCAGAUCCCCUAAUGUUCAACUACCCUCCCCCGUUCACCACCCAAAAACAAGAUCCGUUCUUUACCCCAUCCCAAUUCCACAUCGACCCACAAAUGACGUCAUCAUUUAAAACCCCAAACUACCCGUCAGCAUUUCCAUUCAUACCCCCACCACCUGUCAAUCAAUUUCAGCCAGCGUCAUCAUCAUUUGGCGAGAUGAACAUGUUCCCGAGUUUAAUGACCUCUCCAACUUUGAACACAUUCAAGACGCCAGUAUUCACAACACUCGACAUACCUCAAUCCACUUUUAAAUUCUCAAACUCCCUUCCCGACCUGAACGUCAACAGUGCGGUCAGUGGCUACUACAGCGACUACACCAGCCACAUGAAGACCAGUCCGUCUCUAUACAACUACACAGAAACCUACUCAAACCCAGCAAAAGAUAAGCACGUGACUUAUGAAAGCAAUCUAACGGUCAACCCUGACGGAAAUGACGUCAGAAAUUUAUUAAACGUUGAUCAGUCGCUAACUUUCCGAAGGAUUUCUAGCCUGGGGAUUAGUAAUCAGCUCUCACAGCAAAUUUCGCUUCUGCUUAAUGAGUUGAAGAGACUGAAAGAGACUAACGCUAAGUUGUUGGAGCAGCUGAAUGGCUGUAGGAUGGAGCUGAAUGACGCAAAAAACAAAUUGGUCUUUUCAGAGAAUCAACUGCAAUCUCUGUCCAGAAAUGGGAAGUUGAAAGCAGCCAAUCAGGAAAGAGAUGCAGCCGUUGCUAGGGCUUCAUACUUAGAACAGAGGUUGUUGGGGUGGAGUUAUAUUGAGGGGAAAACUAAACAAAAUUUUUAUUGUUGGCAACAAUUUUGA